AUGCUCGGCGUCAUUCAAUUCAUCUCCCUCUCUUUCGGCAUCGCUCUAUCGUUCUUCCCGGACGAAUAUGACCGUGCCGCGAGUGCCUGGAAGCAUGACAGCGCCGAUCCCAUCGACAACAACGCCUCGCACUGGCCAGCUGCCUCCCGCGACAUCAUCGCCGUAAACUGCCACUCGCACAACGACUACUGGCGCAAGAUCCCGCUCUUCUCCGCCCUACAGGCCGGCUGCGUCAGCGUCGAGGCAGACGUCUGGCUCUUCGACGAAGAACUAUACGUCGGCCACACGACCUCAUCUCUAUCAUCGCGCCGGACCCUGCGCUCCUUAUACAUCGACCCCCCUAGUCGAGAUCCUCAACCAGCAGAAUCAGAAUCAGAAUCCGACCACGACCCAGCAGCGUCUCGCCCCUCCGCGCGGCACGGCGCGACGACUUGGCCCGCUGUAGCCGAGGAACUUGCCCCGCUUCGCGAUCGAGGCUAUCUCACUUACUUCAAUGGCGAUUCAAUCGUACCGGGCCCCGUGACUGUCGUCGGAACAGGAAAUGCGCCUUUCAACCUCGUCACGGCGAAUUCCACAUACCGCGAUAUCUUCUUCGACGCCCCGCUGGAAAAGCUGCUUGACGAGGAUGAGGAUGAGGAUGGCAACGAUACACGACCUUCCGAAACUGGAUCUGGACAAGGACACACCGGCAUGCCUGAUACGCUGCGGGCAAAUACGUUCAAUGUGACGAAUAGCUACUACGCCUCCGUUUCGUUUAAGAAGGCUGUCGGGUUUCCCUGGCCUUUCCACUUUACGCAGCGGCAGGUGCGGGUUAUUCGGGAGCAGGUGCGGGUUGCGCAUCGGCUUGGCUUGAAGGUACGGUACUGGUCUAUUCCAGGGUGGCCGGUUAGUUUGCGGAAUCAUGUUUGGAGGAUCCUUGUGCAGGAAGGGGUGGAUAUGCUUAAUGUGGAUGAUUUGGUUACGGCUACGAAGGGUGAUUGGAAGAUUCCUGUCUUUGAUUGGUGGGUUUGA